ACCGAUGAAGGCACGGCACAAAAGAUUCAAAAGACACGAAAUGGUGGAAGAAAAUGGGGAGCAAGAAGACGAUUACUGUGGGGUGGAGGACAUGUUGGAGGACGACGAAUUGCUUGGAGUAGCAAAGGGAAAUCGUCCUACUCCCUGCAUAGAAGAAGAAUAUGAAAGAUUACCUCGAAAUAAAGUGGAGCGAAAAGAACGGCGCUGAUUGCUACCAAUUAAGGGGCAGGAGGGUCUUGUCCUUCAACACGAGGAAGUGAAAGACGACAGAAGAACCACACGACCUGCAGCCCGAGUCCUUGGCUGAAACCUUGGCCCAACGAUUGAAGCUGAAGCAUGAAACGAAAGCCAAGAUCGGCACCUACUGCAGCUGGAUCGUGGAAAGUCCCGAAAACAAUAUGGACCGCCUGAAGGAACUCACUCUCCUCUUAAAAGAGAAAGAUCCCACGGCAAACCUGGUGAUUGCCAGGUUGACCGCGCUAUCGCUUCUGGAGGUGUACGGCGACAUUUUGCCUUCUUAUCAGAUACGCGCGUUAGGCGAAGGAAAGAAGUCUCAGAAAAUGAAAAAGGAAACCAGAAAGCUCAACAGAUUCGAGGAAAGUCUGUUGAGAUACUACAAACAAUACCUGCAGUUUCUGGAGAAAGCCGUGAAGGCGGCUUUCGGACAGAAGUUCGCGGCCGGCCGCGACGUCUACGCGGAGAGGAGGAGGAAAUUGGGUCUGGUGGCCAUCGAAUGUCUGUGCCGACUUCUGGUUGCCCACGCCGAUUUCAACUUCGGCGCCAACAUCGUUCGGGUGGUGGUGCCGUUGGCGGCCAGCAGAGACGACGAAGUUUCGGAAAAGUGCUGUCGGGCCAUCUGCCAGGUCUUUCGAGAAGACAAAAAAGGCCAGACGUCUUUGGCCAUCGUGAAGAACACGGUGGAAUUAGUGAAGAGCAGGAGAAACGUGCGUCCGGAAGUUCUAAGGACUUUUACCAGUCUGAACCCGAUAGACACGAGGGUGGACGAAACGUCGACCAAGAAUGCAAAAGUGAUUCGGAAGAAACUGGCCAGGAUGUCGAGAAGAGAAAGGAAGAGGGAGAAGCAAUCCAAGGAGUUGGAACGGAAGUUGAGGGAGACGGAAGCGGAGGAAAACAAGUCGGAUAGAGCCAGGAUCAAUAGCGAAAUUCUGAAACGCGUCUUCCUGACUUAUUUCAGGGUGUUGAAGGAUUCGACACCCUGGCUAUUAACUCCAGUGUUGGAAGGACUGACGAAAUUCGCCCACUUGAUCAACGUGGAGUUCUUCGAACAUCUCAUAAACGAACUGCACGCCCUCCCGGACCGAGUCCGAUUGAGCGACGUCGAAAUUCUGCACUGUCUGCACACGGUAUUCGUCGUCCUGUCCGGACAGGGUUCGGUUUUCAACGUAGACCCGCAGAGGUUCUUUGUUCGAUUGUACAUGACGUUACUUAGGAUGCACGCCGGCAGUUGCGAGGAAGAUUUGGAAGCGCUGUGGAAAUGCAUCGAUGUCGCCGUUCUGAAAAGACACAAGAGCGACCCGGUGCGUCGGAUCUUGGCUUUCGUGAAAAGGAUGUGCACCGUGGGUCUUCACACCUCCGGCCACGCAACGGUAGCUCUUCUGUCGGCGGUGAGAUACCUGAUGACUUCCGUCGGCAAGGCCGACGUGUUAUUGGACGUUGAACGUUGGACGUUGUUAUUGGGCAAAGAGUCUAGCCAUACGAUGUCCUUUAAAGGGCGCCGAUCAAAUCAGAUUGAUCGCGCCCUUAAUUUGGAUAAAUUAUCCUAUUUCUCAAUAGAGGAAUUUUAUUAA